AAAAACCUCUGGAAUCCGAUAAAAUUACGUGCUGUUUGGAAAAUUGAUCCUAGGCACUGUCAAUUUCCCUCAAAAACCAGUGAAAUCGAAUCAAAUGCAAAUAGAAAAAACAACACAAAAUCUCUACAAAAUCUACAAGUAUUCCCUCUCAAAGAAAACAGACCUGAUUUGGCCCGCAAAGAGUAA